CCCCGGGUCGCGAGGUUCGUUGCCUAGCCACGGGGAGCGGGACCCCCCUUUCCUAUGGCAACGGGACUAACCGCGGGACUAACAGAAAACUGCAAGCCCCGCCCCCUGGCGAGAAGCUCCGCCCAAACCAGGCGGUCGUUACGGCGGUUGCGGCGCGCUCCGCUUUGGGCAGCAGAAGCGAGGAAGCGAUACUGUGUUUGGAAUCCAACAUAAUGGUAUUGCUUUGACACAAUGGCCACCAGCUCAUUUCAGUAAAAGGAUGACACUAUGGGAGGCAAGAGCAAAGGGAAGGGGAAGGGCAAAGGCAAGAGUGGGAAGAAAUCAAAGAAGGCCCCAGUGGAGGUGGAUAUUCUGAGCCCAGCGGCCAUGCUCAACCUCUACUACAUCGCCCACAAUGCUGCCGCCUGCCUGGAGUUCCGUGGUUUCCCAUGGCCUGGCUCUCCGAAAAAGAAAGGGAAGAAAAAGAAGUAGGAAGCUGGCAAGAUGGAAGGCCCCUGUUGGGGGGCGUUAAAUGAAGGCCUUGGCGGGGGCCGGAGGAUCCUUAAGCAAGCGAAUCGUCUCAGGUUUCUCUUCUUGUGAUGAGGACGCUUUUGGUUCUGACGAAGUAAACAUUGCUUUGAGAUACCUACUCUGGCACCCGGCAUGGGCCUCCUUGUUGCCGCAUAAAACCUUUCGUAAAGCCCCCACUGCCACCUGCUUUGGAUCCAGUGCACAAGCAGCAAUCUCAGUUACGAGCCCUGACAUCCAGUACGUGGCACGAUGCCGUCACACAUACGACAUGAAGUGUGUAUGUUUUGCAUCACAGAAGGCCUCAAGCCCUUAAUCCGUAUUGUUUGCAUGAUGUCAUAAAGUGCAGGUCGUCCCUACAUGCACACAUGCCCUUGCCUGCAGGGGUGGGACGGGUGGGCUUUUGCACAAGGUGCCCAUGGAUCUUCGGGGCAGGUGAUUUUCCUGUAAAAGCUGCAGGGGAAGCGUGGUCCCUUGUUGCCUUGGGCCAGACCGAGAGUGUUCCUGGAUCCUCUGGAACAUUUCCAGGGGAGUCUGUGGCACGGGUUUAUGCCCUUUGGCCCUCUUCCUGGCUGGAUCUGGGCUUGAAUGAAAGUCACCUUUUCCCUAACUAGGCUGUUGCUCAGUGGCCGUGCCAGAGUUCUGGUCUUAGUUUAUUACUGUGGCAGACAAAGAAGUAACAUCCUGUGCAACUCCGUCGGUGGUGGAAAAUGUCCAAUAUGUCCCCACCUCGGUCUGAAUAGAUAGGUGUGUGUUGCUCAAAGAUGAAAUGUUUGAAGAUGACUUUCAUACACAGGAGAAAACAUAAUUUGCCCAUAUUGGAAGACUUUCUCCAAGAUGGGAAGUUGAUAGGUUCACGAUGCUGCCUCGAUUUCUCAGCAGAGUUCUCAUCACCCUGAGGCCGAAAACAUCAAAUGAGAAAUCUCAUCCGCAAUAGAGGACCGUUUGCCAACUGACCACUGGGAGGCAAACCAUGGCUAGACGUGUUUUUCAUGUCAGGGAAUGGGGCUGAAGUGGGGAUGAACUGUGCCAGUCAAGAAAUUUUAAAGAUGCUGGCAGAUCCUUCUCAGCCCUUCCAAAGGCUCCCCAAGGCUUACCAAUGCUCUUCAGAAAAAUGCCCUUUCAGGCCCAGCUUACAAGGGUAAAGGUCUCUCCAUAUCGCUGCCUUGUACCAAUAGAUUGGUUGGCAAACCCAGGAAAGUGUUGGCUGAUAGAGAGGCCCAUGGGCGUCCACAGCGGGUGGGGUGUCACAAUGCCAGCAGCAUGGCAGCCGAGGCAUCGAAGCACAUUUGUGGCACCCAACUUGACUCUCUAGGCCACCGCCAUGCUUUCAAUACUCCAUGUUUUGUAUGGUGCAUCACUUGCUAGUUUUGCAGUAUGAUACGUGCUUUUCUAGUGAUAAGAAUGCUGUGUGGAGAGGCGCAUACUUUGUCCAUAGAUCUCCUUUUGACCACUAGGUACUGUCGUGUUACUUGUAUGGCAUUCCCUUCUACGCACGGAUGAUGCAAGCAAAAAUCUGAUGGUUCAUGGCCAUUAUUAUUACUGCAUCCCCCCUGCUUAUUUCUGAUUUUUUCUGUCUUCAUUCAAAAAACUGAAAGAUAUUUUGUUAUGUUACGGAUUAUCCACUUUUUUUUUUUUACAUUUUGGAGAAAACGUUGAGUUUAUAUUAUGCAUUGUAAUAGCUUGCCUUCCUUCUGGAAGCCUUCUCUCCUUGAUCAGUGCCACUUUUUGCUAGCAUCCCAAGGUAGGUGUGGCUGGAGAGGGAAAGGUUAACAAGAGGGCCCACAAAAGACCAUAGAGGUGAAGGUGGGGAAAGCUAGGUGAUUGGGGCAAAAGGAGAAUGGAGGGACAGACUGAUUAGCCUAGUAGGCCAGCAAGGCCAAGAGGGGGAAGGCGUUCUGGGGCCAGUUAGGUACCCGGUUUUCGGGUGUAGCCUACACCCUUGUAAUAUUCUAAAGUGUUGGGCAUUUCUGCAAACUUUCCCAGGCAGACCGAACUUCAGAGGAGCUAAGUGAUGCCAUUCCAUCCAUCCUGGCCACUCUAGCCCUGUCUCUUCUUUUUCAUCCCUAGGUCAGCAGCUAGAACUGAAAGGCAGACAGGCUUUCCCACACUCUGGAGAAGGCUUGUCUUGCAGUGCCUUCUUUGCAGAUGUAUCAGGGUAGCCACAUGUAACCCACCCCCCUUCCCCAAAUUAGCUGUUUGAGUUUUGGAUGAAGAGAAACCAGAAGCUCCUGGUGUUAACGUAUUUGUUGCCUUUUUGUUGCUUAGAGGCACUCCCUGCCUGCUCUAAACCCCAGAACCAGGCUUUUCUGAUAGGCUACUGGGGGUUUCUCUGGAUAGGCAAAAAUGGCUGGUUUAUUGUCAAGGGCUGCAAGCUGCAGCUUGUUUACUCUGCGGUGGCCCCAGUGCAAAGAGAGUAUUUUUGGUUUAAGGUUUCUCCUAAGUGUGCAGUGCUAUUCCAAAACUGGGAACAGGACAAUUUUAAGAAAUAUAAAAUGCAGAAGUUGAUAGCAAAAUACUUAAGGUAUUAUUCAUUGUUAAC